AUGGUCUUGGGACUGGAAUCUACCCGACUUAAUCUUUUCGGUGAGUUUGCCUAUCGCUUCGAGUUCCGGAUGUUGCAAGGAUGUCCUGGUUUGGGGCGUCUCUGGCUGAGCAUUUCAACGAUUGAUGGCGAUGAUGGCACCCACCAGCGGAUCAUCUCCAGCGCCGACCUGUUUGCCCCCAGAAUCGAUAACAACAACGACGAUGAUAAUGAGUAUUUACCUCUACAGGAGCAACACCAACAACAAGAACGCAUCGUUGCUCGAUCGUUCUUCUCGCUAUGUUUAUCAGGACGAUGGAUCAUGGACGAUGCCUUCCUCCAAGAAUUCCUCCCCGGCAUGCUCCCCAACCUUUCACACCUGAGCGAGAUACAAUUCGACAAGAACAGCUUCACAGCCGCAGGGCUGUUCAAGGUGGUCAAUGAGUCUAUGCCUGCGAUGGUCCCUCGCGGUGUACGAAACUAUGACCCGUCCCCUGAGGAAGCUGCCGCACUCGGGCCAGAUCUGGUUGCUGAUGAGGAUGACGAUGGGUAUCUUCAAAACCCAGGCAUUGAUCCUGUUGAGGGGACGGUUCAUGUGCAGUACUGUUUGGUGGAUUACAUUAGGGUCUUCAAGUUGGAUAGAUCGACGUAG